ACUAUAGAUUUUUUUGAGAUAGAGCUUCUAAGAAAGCUGGAUUUCUUGCAAGAGCAACUGGAAGAGGUUGAGCAAACUAUGAUGACAACUAUGGAGAGUUCGCUGGAGGAAAUGGAACAUCGCCUCCUCGAGAAGCUAACUAACCAAGAAAAUAAUAUAAACAAAAAGAUGGAGUCCAAAAUGUAUAGCAUGGAAAACUCUUUAAAGAAGGUGAGGAAAGAUACAGUAGUGGCGUGUGCUUAUAUUGGAAUGCAAGCUGAUUAUAUUUAGUGAAAUCAAUGAUUAUCUCUUUUGUAGAUUGUGGAGGCAUCCAAAGAGAACACACGGACCGAACUGGAGGAAUUGAAGAAUCAUAUGAUGCCCAAGCUGAACCACAUUCAGGAAACGACGGAAACUGAGCUCAAGAAACUAGGAGAGAGCAUGAAAACUCUUAUCCAGUUCACAGAUUCGGUACGAAAUACUAGUAUCCAAAGCAAAGUUAAUACACCGUCGCUUAACAUGACGCAUCCGGUGAGUUCAUGUCGCCAAGCUCUCAAGGUGUCAGGGAAAUACAUGUUAAAAAUUGAGGAGAAUGUCGAACCAUUCGAGGUCUUUUGUGAGCAAAAUAAGUUCGAAGGUGGCUGGAUUGUAAUCCAGCAUAGAUAUGACGGUUCGGUCGACUUUUAUAGGAAUUGGACGGAGUACCGCAACGGAUUUGGAACUUUAGAUGGUGAAUUCUGGCUUGGGCUAGAAUACGUGCAUCAAAUUACGAAAAGUCGACGGUAUGAGCUGCUGGUGGAAAUUCAAGAUUUCCAAGGAAACUACGGAUACUCUAGGUUCAACAGGUUUGAGAUCGGCAGCGAAUUUGAGCUGUACGAAUUGAAGAGUGUAGUAGCAUACUCAGGGACAGCAGAAGAUGCGUUGUAUUUCGCAACGAAUAACAAAUUUAGCACAUUCGAUCGAGAUAAUGACGAAUCGCGUAGAGGGAAUUGCGCUAAGGAAUAUCACGGAGCCUGGUGGUACAGGAACUGCCACCGUUCCAAUUUGAACGGUCGUUAUGAGAACGCCACUGAUGCUAGUGCGAUGAAUUGGUUCCAUUUCAAACAAGACAUGCGUGGUUUGUCUUACUCGAGAAUGAUGAUUCGGGAAUUCACCCCAUAAGCAUGAAGCGACCAACUCAACAAUUAAGGUCUAGAAAAGUUGUGACAUUUAAAACGUUUUCCAUACUUUAUUAUACUUUUCCAAUAAAACGCA